AAUGAACCGCUUCGCAAUUCUCCUGGCUCUCCCACUUCUUGCUCUUGCUGCUACUCCAAAUGAGAAGCUGAAGCUAUGCUGUGCCACGUUGAAGGAUGCCGAUAAGGAGUGCGUCGAUCGAUUCUGUGACUUCAAUGCUCUUUCUCAAGCUAACAUUCUGAACUUCAUGUCGACUUGCGGAGAGCGUGGACCAACUGUCGGAGAAAUGUGGGAUUGUGCUUCCCUCCGUCACAACCACGAGGACUGCUGCAAGAAGGCCGGUGUCUCUGGAGAAUGCCUCAAGUACUGUACCGCUCAUAAGGGAGCUCCAUCCAACUAUUUGGACUAUGCUUUCUGUACCGAGAACUUCAACGAGAUCCGUGAUUGCUUCUACAACCAUUUGGACAAGAACGAGCCAUUCAAGAAGCUCUAAAUGGAAAUAUA